GGCGCGGCAGGCAGCUCAGAGCGUGCGGCGAGACGGAGCCCUCCUCUUCAUCCUCCUCCUCCUCCUCACCCUCUGCCGCCGCCGCCCCGGCAACCGCGCAGCGGAGCAGGGCGCACUCCCCCAGCACCGCUCCGCUCCGCGCCCGCCCAGCCAGACCCACCGACGGACUCGCGGCUCCGUGGCGGCCAUGGAGCACCGCGGCGCCUCCCCGCUCCUCCUCGCCCUCGCCCUCCUCAGCGCCCUCUGCUGGCGGGCGCGGGCGCUGCCCCCGCGGGGCGCCGCCUUCCCUCCCGUCCCGCGAUUGGGAAACAGAAUGCCUUUUGAUGGAGCCAGUGAACCUGACCAUGCCCGUGGGUCACUAAAGUCAGAAGCAGAUCUUUUGCAGAACACACUACCUGAAAAUGAGAAAUUCUAUUUUGAUCUGUCCAGAAUUAUUGAUAGAAAUGCAAGGCAUGCUGAUGGAAUUUUCACCAGUGUCUACAGCCAUCUUUUGGCUAAACUUGCUGUGAAGAGAUAUCUGCAUUCGCUUAUUAGAAAACGAGUUAGCUCCCAGGACAGUCCUGUCAAGCGCCACUCUGAUGCUGUCUUCACUGACAACUACAGCCGCUUUCGAAAGCAGAUGGCUGUGAAGAAAUACUUAAACUCAGUUUUAACUGGAAAAAGAAGCCAGGAAGAGCUAAAUCCUGCUAAACUUCGAGAUGAGGCAGAACUUCUUGAACCAUCCUUUUCAGAAAACUACGAUUCUGUAGACGAGCUGCUGAGCCACCUCCCACUGGACCUCUGAAGGACACCUGGUAAAGUCUAUGACAAGAACAAGCUAUUUUUGAGUUCCACAUAGUAUUUCAAAGAGAUGACUUUAGUCAUCAAACCAGAACAAAUAUGUUGUGAAGUGAAAGUUGUGAUAUAUUUGUUUCUUACGUAAUAAAAAUUGAUAUUUACAUUGUAAAUAUUACUCUAGCAUUCUCUACUGAAAGCUGUACAUAUGGAUGCCAGUUUAACUCAUGAGAAGUCUGUGAGUCCAUAUGCUGUAAAUCCUUUACUUCAAUAAAUUCAUUUGAAAAUGA